UGCCCCCAUCCGGGAAUGUUGAUCUGCCUAUACCCGUCACCAGCCGAGGACGUCGUUCAGUUGGCGUCCGUUCACCACCAAGCACAUAUUACCGCCCCGGGUGCCACAGUCCAGCCCCGCUGCCACGCUCGCUGCACUCACGACUCAGGAAGUCAUUGUGUCACAGGCAACGCCAUGGCGGUCGGUAACUACUGUGAAGCGAGACGGUCCAUUAUGACGGACAAGAAAACAAGCACGGCGGAGGACCCCCGGGCGAUGGAGCUGGGCCCGAUGGAGCAAGCGACGACCCAACCUGAACACUCGGACGUCAACGGAGGCCCGACGGAGGAGCAGCGGAUCAGGCUCACCACGCCCACACCGACGCACGCUAAGACUGAGAAUGGACUUGACGCAAGGGAGGAGCUAGGCACCGUACCGUCGAUCAUGAAGAGCUCACGGUCCUGCUCCUGCUGCUGGCCAGCCAUCAGUCCCUUCUACAGGCAGGGCAUCAUGUCCCUCGUAAGCUGUCUGGCGGCGCUCUCUACCGGCAUGAUCCACGCCUACCCCGCCGUUUCCCUGACGCGCUGGGAGGAGGCGGGCUUAAAAUUCUCCACCGCCCAAACCACGUGGUUCGCAUCCACGCCCAUGGUGGUAUCGGUGGUGAUGAGCAUAGUGGCCGGCGUGGUGGUGGAGCGCCUCGGGGUACGCUUGUGUCUGGCCAUCGGCUCGCCUGUCCUCGGCCUCACCUGGGUCAUGAUAGGCCAGGCGACGGAUUUCAGUGUCCUCCUCGUCGCCCGCAUCAUUCAAGGCCUCGUAGCCUCGGUGUACAUGGUGGUGAUCACGGUCUACCCAGUGGAGGUGAGUCAAGUCCGCUGGCGGGGCAUCAUGAUGGGCGUGUCCGAGGCUAUGGUGAUGCUGGGCGCCUUCCUCACCUACCUGGGCGGUCUCAUUCUUCUUCCCGCGCCACUCGCCUACGUCUUCGCCAUCAUCCUCGUCCCCCAGCUCAUUUUGUUCUUCUUCCUGCGGGAGUCUCCUCUGUGGUUGGCGCGGCAUGACCGCGAGGCUGACGUCGUGGACUCCCUCAUGUGCCUACGAGCUCAUGACUCCGACAUCAAACCUGAAUUGGAGCACAUCAAGACCAGCGUCUACACCGAGAGAAUAGUCAAGCCUGCCGCGACGGAACAACUGCUGCUGCUCAGGAAACCCAUCUACCUGAGGCCACUCAUCCUUUGCAUUCUAAUUUUACUCUUUAAGGAGCUGACGGGGCAGUACGCAGUCCUCACCUACACCGUCAUGAUGUUCCGCAUGGCGGGCUCCAGCCUUGACCCGUACUUGUGCGCGGUGGUGAUGGGCGCGGCUCGCUUCUUGCCUUGCUUCCUGUCUUGGGCGUUGAUAGAGCGACUACCUCGCCGCCUCUUGUUGUCUAUCUGCAUGGCAAUUUCGGCAGCUUCCCUGGCCACCCUUGGGGCGUUCCUGUGGGUGUGGUCAGGCUCGAGCAAGGGGCUCCCGCCACACCUGGGCUGGGUGCCCCUUGCGUGCCUCUCUGUAUUCACUCUGGCCUUCGGGAUCGGAGUCGGUCCCACUUCAUGGACAAUGGUGGCGGAGUUACUCCCAUCACAGGUGAGGAACGUUGGUGCAGGCAUCAUCAACUCCUGCUUCAGUUUGUUCCUGUUCCUGGUGGGUCUGAGCUUCCCCUUUGCCGUGGAGGCCAUCGGGGUGGGCGGCGUGUUCAUCACUUACUCCCUGUGCUCGCUGUGUGGAGUCAUUUUCGUGAUCUCCUGUCUGCCCGAGACGCGAGGCAGGUCCUUCACCGAGAUCCAGACCAACUUUGGCGCCUCAGAAAAGACUCCUAAUGUAAUAUAAGGGUAGCCAUACUUUUUAAAUAUUCUGGGAGGCACAUAGAAGAGAAUUACUAUACUAUGAGUCAUAGUGUUGAGUAAGCUGAAUGGCUUGUGAAUGAAUGAGUGAAAAAAAGUGAACGAAACUCUGUUGAUGCUCAUCUUAAGUGUAAUCAAGCUGGGAUUAAUAAUCAAUUAUUAUCUUGCUUUGAGGCCUCGGGACGACUUAUCCAUGGUUCCAGAUCAAAUCAGCUGCAAUACUUUCCCACUGCCACCCCCCCCUCCCCCUAGGGAACCGUCCUUUUCAACCACUGCCUGGCGAGGGGGCUUGGUAAUGGCUUGGUGCCGUCAAGCCGACAUAUAUCAUAAGCACGGAAUUGUAUUCAUGAUGCUGCUUACUAUUAAGUUUUCUAUGUUUUUUUCCUUUUGUACACGUCUGUCUGAAUGCAAACCUGACUGAGAUUUUAGAUUGUACAGUGACAUGUAACAUUACAAUGGACAUGAGUAGGAAAUGUUUCCACCAUAGGGCAGGUGAAUUAAAACAUGUCUGUAACUCUCCCUGAAUCUGCUUACAUUACUUUCUGACCGCAUCCCUGAAGCAUGUAGUGCAAGUCACGACGGUAACUAUCAUGCAUAUCAUUCCGUCGCAGGGCAGGACUUUUACUGUCCGUGCGAGUCUCGUGUGGGGUGCGAUAUAAUAAUCUGUUGACGUGCCGGGAAGCGUCGUGGGGUGUGAGCUUGGAUUUGUGUGUCGCCCGGUGUUUGUCUCUUGAACAUUGCCUGACAGUGCACCGAGUGUUGGGGUUGGUUAUGCCAAUAAACUAUGAAGCAUAUUAUAAAUGGU